AUGGAGAAGGAGAAAGACCAGGACCAGGACCAGGACUCCGGAGAAGAAGAGGUGAAGAACGAAGCUCCUGCCGAGGUGCAGAUCACCGCCGAGCAGCUGCUGAGAGAAGCCAAGGAGAGGGAGCUGGAACUUCUGCCGCCCAAGCAGGAGAUUACCGACAAGGAGGAGCUCAACGACUCCAAGCUGAGGAAGAGGAAGAAUCAUAAAGGAAGACCCAAAAGAUACUGCUGUGAUGAUUGCGAGAAAGUCUUCACCACUUCAUCAAACCUGAAGAUCCAUAAGAAAACUCACACUGGUGAUAAACCAUACAGCUGUGAUCAUUGUGGUGCUGCUUUUGCCGUGAAAGGUUAUCUUACGACUCACCAACGUAUUCACACUGGUGAGAAACCAUACAGCUGUGAUCAGUGUGGAGCGGUUUUUACCCGACAAGAUAAUCUAAAGAAUCACCAACGUAUUCACACUGGAGACAAGCCUUACAGGUGUGAUCAGUGUGAGGCGGCUUUUGCCCAGCAAAGUCAUCUAACGACACAUCGACGUAUUCACACUGGUGAUAAACCAUACAGCUGUGAUCAGUGUGGAGCGGCUUUUGCCGUGAAAAAUAAUCUUACGACUCACCAACGUAUUCACACUGGAGACAAGCCUUACAGAUGCGAUCAGUGUGGAGCGGCUUUUGGCAAGCAAGGUCACCUAAGGACUCACCAACGUAUUCACACUGGGGAAAAGCCUUACAGAUGCGAUCAGUGUGAGGCGGCUUUUGCCGAGCAAGGUCACCUAAGGACUCACCAACGUAUUCACACAGGGGAAAAGCCUUACAGCUGUGAUCAGUGUGGAGCGGCUUUUGCCCAGCAAGGUGCUCUAACGAGUCACCAACGUAUUCACACUGGAGACAAGCCUUACUGUUGCGAUCAGUGUGGAAAGGCUUUUGCCCAACAAUGUGAUCUAAAGCGACACCAACGUAUUCACACUGGAGACAAGCCUUACAGCUGUGAUCAGUGUGGGGCGGCUUUUGUCCAGAAAAAUCACCUAACGACUCACCAACGUAUUCACACUGGAGACAAGCCUUAUAGAUGCGAUCAGUGUGAGGCGACCUUUGCCCAUCAAAGUGCUCUAACGAAACACAGACGGAUUCACACUGGAGACAAGCCUUACAGGUGUGAUCAGUGUGAGGCGGCUUUUGCCCAGCAAAGUAAUUUGACGAGACACCAACGUAUUCACACUGGAGACAAGCCUUACAGGUGUGAUCAGUGUGAGGCGGCUUUUGCCCAGCAAGGUCAUUUGACGAGACACCAACGUAUUCACACUCGAGACAAGCCUUACAGAUGCGAUCAGUGUGGAAAGGCUUUUGCCCAGCAAGGUCAUUUGACGAGACACCAACGUAUUCACACUGGAGACAAGCCUUACAACUGCGAUCAGUGUGGAAAGGCUUUUGCCCAGCAAGGUGAUCUAAUGAAACACCGACGGAUUCACACUGGAGACAAGCCUUACAGAUGCAAUCAGUGUGGAAAAGCUUUCGCCCAGCAAGGUGAUCUAACGAAACACCGACGGAUUCACACUGGAGACAAGCCUUACAGAUGCAAUCAGUGUGGAAAGGCUUUUACCGAGCAAUGUCAUCUGACGAGACAUCAACGUAUUCACACUGGAGACAAGCCCUACAGGUGUGAUCAGUGUGGAGCGGCUUUUGCCGAGCAAGGUACUCUAACGACUCACCAACGUAUUCACACUGGAAACAAGCCUUACAGCUGUGAUCAGUGUGGUGCGGCUUUUGCCCGACAAUAUCAUCUAAAGACUCACCAACGUAUUCACACUGGAGACAAGCCUUACAGGUGUGAUCAGUGUGGUGCGGCUUUUACCCGACAAUAUACUCUAAAGAAUCACCAACGUAUUCACACUGGAGACGAGCCUUACAGAUCUGAUCAGUGUGGAGCGGCUUUUGCCCAACAAGUCUUCUCCGCUUCAUCAAACCUGAAGAUCCAUAAGAAAACUCACACUGGUGAUAAACCAUACAGCUGUGAUCAGUGUGGUGCAGCUUUUACCCGACGAGAUCAUCUAAAGCGACACCAACGUAUUCACACUGGAGAUAAGCCUUACAGGUGUGAUCAGUGUGGUGCGGCUUUUACCCGGCAAGGUGAUUUAACGAGUCACCAACGUAUUCACACUGGAGACAAGCCUUACAGGUGUGAUCAGUGUGGUGCGGCUUUUACCCGGCAAGGUGAUUUGACGAGUCACAAACGUAUUCACACUGGAGACAAGCCUUACAGGUGUGAUCAGUGUGGUGCGGCUUUUACCCGGCAAGGUGAUUUAACGAGUCACCAACGUAUUCACACUGGAGACAAGCCUUACAGGUGUGAUCAGUGUGGUGCGGCUUUUACCCGGCAAGGUGAUUUAACGAGUCACCAACGUAUUCACACUGGAGACAAGCCUUACAGGUGUGAUCAGUGUGGAGCGGCUUUUACCCGGCAAGAUCAAUUGACGAGACAUCAACGUAUUCACUCUGGAGAUAAGCCUUACAGAUGUGAUCAGUGUGGAGCGGCUUUUGCCCAGCAAAAUGAUCUAAUUCGUCACCAACGUAUUCACACUGGAGACAAGCCUUACAGAUGUGAUCAGUGUGGAGCGGCUUUUGCCCUGCAAGGUCAUUUGACGAGUCACCAACGUAUUCACACUGGAGACAAGCCUUACAGGUGUGAUCAGUGUGGAGCGGCUUUUGCCCAACAAGGUGGUCUGAAGCGACACCAACGUAUUCACUCUGGAGACAAGCCUUACAGAUGUGAUCAGUGUGGAGUUGCUUUUGCCCACCAAGGUUCUCUAAUUAGUCACCAACGUAUUCACACUGGAAACAAGCCUUACAUAUGCGAUCAGUGUGGAGCGGCUUUUGCCCACCAAAGUUCUCUAAUUAGUCACCAACGUAUUCACACUGGAGACAAGCCUUACAGGUGUGAUCAGUGUGGAGCGGCUUUUGCCAGGCAAGGUCAUUUGACGAGACACCAACGUAUUCACACUGGAGACAAGCCUUACAGAUGUGAUCAGUGUGGAGUUGCUUUUGCCCAGCAAGGUGCCCUAACGAGACACCAACGUAUUCACACUGGAGACAAGCCUUACAGGUGUGAUCAGUGUGGAGCGGCUUUUGCCCAACAAGGUUCUCUAAAGAGACACCAACGUAUUCACACUGGAUAA